CUCAACAAUAGUUGACCUUGCAGUCCCAUUCUCAAAUAAUACUUAGUCCACAUACCAAUCAGCCCUGGAACGGGGCCUUCCUCUCAUUUUGCAGUCUUUCUUACAGUUUUGGAUGUCGGAUAUUUCGCGACAGUUACAGACUUUGACAGCAGCCUACAAAUGGUCACUAACAAACCAUCUCAGGAGGACGAGAAUAUACAUGAUGGACCAAGACACACAGCAAUUACGCGUCGAAUCCCCGAAAACCAUUGAACUAGAUGUCACGAUGGAGGAUAUGUCUGCCAAAGAUGUCAUUUCAAUUACACCGGCACCAAAACUCUCAUAUACACCCCAGUUCCCAUCAGAAAGCUCAGUCAUCUUGAGCCGUCUCAAGAAUGAUUCCCAAACAGAGGGCAACGAAAAUGUCAGAGAGAAACAUUUCGCAGACUUGAAAGACACAUUGACUAUGCCAACACCUACCAAAGCCAAAGGUCAAUCCUCACUCUCAUACUCUCUCAAUGCAGGUGUGAAACGAAAACGAGAAGAGCCGUCGGAAAAGAUUGAUCUGACUCAAAGCACUGUCCCCUUCCCGUGGAAAGUCCGCUCUCAAAUUCAACAAGCUGCUAUCGAGGCUCAGCAUACCAGAGAGGAAACCCGAUGUUCAAUGUGUGACGGUUCUGCUCAAGUUUCCCCCUUAGUCACAUGCAUCAGAUGUCUUGUAUCUUGGCACCAAAAAUGCCAUCCUCCUUUGAUGAGGGGCGAGGACAUGACUUCUGCAAGCUUCACUUGUGCGGAUUGCAUUGCGGGCAGAGAACAGACCGUCAGACUCAGGGGCAGAGUUAGCCAGCAGCGGCAGCACGAAAUCGAGCGGCUUCGACAGAAACGUCUGUCUGCUCUCCCCAAGGGUGUUGUCCCUGCAAAACCUCACCUCGUGGGGUUUGGUCCCGGCCGGGCUUCGGAUGUUUCACGAGCACAAUACUUUGAAUCGAUGCCGAAAACGGACCUCCUUAACAUUCUAUCAUUGUGCGAUCAACUGAAACCAAACCUUCUUGUUGAUGUACUUGUAUCUAUCUCAAAAAGGCAUCCUGAAAUGCCCAUAUUCGAUUCGCCAGACUGGGAUAGUCAAUUGUUAAACACCUCUCGCCCUCCUAAAACAAAGCAUGACGAGAAGCCUCGACAUGGCCAUGUCCUUGUCAACAGAACAGCAAAACCGAAGCAAAAGACUACGAAGAAGAUACUCAAACGCACUCGGGUCAUAGAAGUCAUUACAAGUGCGCCAGAGGAAGAUAAUGUCGAUAUUCUGCCGCCAACUUGGGCAAAGGCUGGCCAGGGAUUAUACUCGCAGUUACUGCCUGAUACAGAAGACAGGUCACUCCUCAUGGAUGAGAAUGACGAAGAAUCGUUCAGUCACUUUUUGGUCGAUGGAGCUGGGCGUCAGAUCAUGGAACCUGUGGGUGCUUAAUGGGGAAAAGAGCAGGCGCUUGUGUCUUUUUGGUGGUUCUCUUUCAGCUAAUUCGGGAAAAGAUUCGGAGUCAGUCUAGGCAUAGGAGUUGUUCAAGGGAAAUCUCAGCUUCAGGCCAAUCAGCCACUAUGGAAGCUCAUUCGUUAAUAAUUAUCACUAAACACAAACUCGAGGCCGAGAAAACAUGAUUCUAUUCCAGGUUUUAGCG